AUGACAUAUGAUAUCGAGCAAGGUCUUUCGACCUUAUAUAUCGCCCCAAUAACCGCUCAAGGUGUCAUCUGGUUUGGCAGAGGUUCCACUUUAGAGGAAGCCGAAGACAGGUUGGUCAAGUGUUUCCCUCGUUUCUCCCGGCGCUUAAUGGCGUCCGAACCAGAUAUGACUUCGAUGCCUUCAAAAUUCACCACUUCUAUGCCUACUGAUAUCGAGCAUUGGCUUGUCGCACAUCACCAGAAGAAAGUCUAUGUGCUUCGUGAAAGCCAGAAUAUGAAAGGGCUCCUCCCAGACUUCUUGAAGCCAAACUAUGACACGCAUUCAUUACUGCUUGCUCUCGAUGCUUCUCGUGUGAUCAAAGGUGACGACGAGAUUGAUCUCAUACGUAGAGCAAUCAAAGUGUCUUCACUAGCUCAUCGUACGGUCGUGCACCAUAUUACGUCCAUGGAAUCUGAGGCAGAAGUUCAUGCUCAUGGUGCAGAUUGGCAAGCAUAUCCGCCCAUCGUUGCCUCAGGAGCAAAUGCUUCCAUCCUGCACUAUACGGACAAUAAUGGAAGUCUCAAAGGCAAGGACAAUGCUGAUCCCGAGGUCUUUGCCCAGUCGCACAUUCCCGCUUGCGGCAAUGGAUGGCCGAGCAAGGAGGUCGCUGAGACCUAUGCUAUUGUGGAGGAGAUGCAAGAAAGAUGCAUUGCGAUGCUGGGGCCUGGAGUUCGAUACCUGGAUGCAUUUUACCUUGCUGAUAGGAUAGCGAUAGAAGGUCUCAUGCGGCUAGGGAUACUAAGAAAAGGCAAUAUCGAGAAAUUAUUGAGGUCUGCUGUGAGCAAGGCUUUCUUCCCACAUGGAUUAGGCCACCACAUGGGCCUUGAUGUUCACGAUGUCAGCGCAAAACCGAUCUUGAGUUUCUGCGGAGGCGAGGAACAAUCAAUGAUUGAAUUCAGUGAGAAGAGCCCAUUGAGGCUCACGAAUGAGUUUAUGGCUCCAUGCACGUCAGAUGCAGCACCCUGGCAACCAGGAACGGUCAUCACACGAGAAGCUGAUCUGGAACUGCAGCUUUCUCUCGUUACGCCCUGGAAACAGUAUACCUACCCAACCCAGAAGUUUCGAAGUUCAUCGACGAAGAGGUACUGGAACGGUACAUGCAUGUUGGAGGAGUCAGAAUAG